UGCAAUUCUUAUUCACAGACAGCAGAUACCUUCAGUAGCUAACACCCUUAGCGGCUCAUACUCUCAGCGGACCUCGUGCCUUCCUUAUUCAGACAGUAUUCAAGCCUUUCCAAUAUACCCUCUUCAAAGGCGAUCGUCUAGACGCGCAAAGCUCUCACAUAUAUCCAUAUACAGAGUACAAGAUAGGUCGUCGCUGCUUCCGCUGCUUGUUGCAACACCAGCAGAAGAUCACAAGGCUUCCGGUCGCUCUUUCGCCCGGCAGAUAGCUUCUUCAGCCCAAGAGGGGAAGGCCGAUACAGACCUUCACCGGCCCUAGAUCUCUAGUAAGUACGCUCCUUCCCUCGUCGCCGACCAUCUCACUCCAUCUUAUCUUCUUACGAUUGGUCAAGAGGCCAAAUCUUUUCCCUUUAGCACAAUAACCAUUACCCAUUAUCCCAAGCCCAUCCAAUCCUAGCAACAAAUACACCAAGCUUUAACUCUACCCUCAAGGCUAGCCCAAUCACCAAACUCCUUCCCCAUACCCCCUUCCCAAUCCUGCUCAUACAGUGCAACUCGCCCAUAAACAUCUACACUAUCCACACCACAACCUCGUUGAGAUAGUACGAUGGCCCACCGUGCUUUCCGCAAGGGCAAGGGCAAGGGCAAUUACAUACCCCCAACAUCAAUACUUAUACCCUCCCCAGCCCCCGUCUCUAACGAAGUCCAAUCUCCAGUCUUCCCAGCCGAAACCGUCAACAUGUGCUUCGUCGAGUACGUCGGCUACACCUGCGGACACACCAGCGUCCCCGUCAUGCGGCCCUGUCCCAUGACCACGCAGAUGCACAACAACCCCUGCUGUCCGCACCCGGCAUGCCGCCCCAUGCUCCCCCCGACCAUGUGUCCGGCCUGCGGCCGCAUUCUCCACGGCCGGUUCAUCGACAUCAUCGAAUACGAGCACCGAUUCAUGCACGAGCGCGGCGCCUGUAGCUGCAGCAUCCGGUUUCCGCACCUGCAACAGCCGCGCAUGGUCACCCGCAGCGGAAGCGGCUACGGCCCCACUUUCGGCAUUACCGAGCCCCCGGCACUCAGCUUCCCGGCAACCGCGCAGAUGGACGGCUCCCAGUUCUCCUUCUCUCCGUCAGCCGCGGCUUUCACGCCGUCUACCGACCCGAGCCCAUACUCGCAAUUUGCGCAGCCGUCGACCUCCAACGCUGCUAACAUUGCAACAACAACUCUCCCUGCCAGCAUGGCUAAUAUGAGCAUUAGCACACCCUCCGACAUUCGUAGCGCUAGCCCUGAGAUCCCUAGCCGACAGCGUCCCGGCAAGGGCAAGCGAUGGAAGGGCAAAGGACGUGGCGAUCAGUCCUUCUACCAGAACAAUCGCCAGCGUCGCCGCGCCUCAACCUCCGGCACGCCCCGCAAUGGUCCCGGACUACCGCCCCUAUUCGAGGAAAGGGAGCACAACUCCUCCAGACGCCUCAGCGUAUCGGUCCGCAUGCUGAGCCUCUACGGCGCCGAGUGGACACGUGACCAUGCCGAGUUACACCGAGCCGGUCGCUGCUCAUGUGACAUUACGUUUGAUCGCUAUACAGGCCGCUCGGAAAUGCGUGAAGAAAUUGCGUCUGCUUCGGCUGCUGCGGCUGCUGCUAGGAGCAAUAGCGACAACAGCAGUGGUGGCAUGCCCGCGAUCCAGUACGGCCCGAACGACGCUCGUCGAUACGCCAACGACGGCGAGAGCGCGAACACCUUGCCCACGUACAACUACGACGGCAACACUGGUGCCAGCACCUCCAGCUACCAGAGUCCCAGCGUAUCAAACUUCGCGCCUAGCUUCCAGCCGCCCGCGGACCAGGCGAUGCCGCCGUAUCUGCACAUCUCCGACACCGUUCAUCAAUACUGGACUCCCCACAACGUGCAAUCCACACCUAUCACUCCCGUCGCUCCCGGUCAGCCCGCCCGUUGGGCCUGUAGCCCCCCUGACACAUCCACGAUGCAGGGUCACGGACAACAGCCUCAGCAGCAGCAGCAGCAUGGCUACAACGACGCCUCACCCCGAGCCCCGAUUUUCCCUAGCACUAUUAGUCACCCCGUCGACAUGCAGACCAUCUACUACGAACCAGAAGGCACCCCUAUUCUCGGACUACCCGUCGGCGCGGGCCCCGAAGGUGACUCUCACAUGCCCCCCUUCGAGAACUGCGAGCUGUACUACCCCAAACUUUCCCCGGAGCAGCGCCCGGCAUCUCACUAAAGAUACCAGAGAUAUCAGAU